AUAAUGGGUGGUGAAAAUCGUUUUACUGUUAAACAUGCAUUUUCGAAAGCUGUCGAAUCUUUUUCUUCUACAGAAAAGUCUGUUUUUGAUAGUUUCAAGGAUCCGGACGAUGUGCAAAUUUCGGAGAUACUCGCAUGUCUGUUCACAACUUCUGCAAGGAAAAGCGCAUCCAUUCUUGUGAAAACGGCACUGCUGGACAUUGAGAGAUGCGUCAAUAUCUGGACUGUUGUCUCUUCCACGACGGAGGGAGAACAAUUCACUGUUCAGGAAAUCAAGCAUUUGUCCAUCGCGUAUAUUUGGAUGUUGGACUAUGUCGAUGGAGGCCUUUGUAUGGUGCAACUUGAAAAAGGAUUGGAGUUUUUCGCUUCGCACCUGAAACAACUGUCACGUCAAAUUUCCUUAAGUGCUCCGAGCCAGGUUGAAACUACAAAUGCAUCUUUAGAACAAGUGAUCAAGGCAGUUGCAUGUCUGUUGAGGAAAACCAUUCGGAUUCAAAAGAAUAAAAUUGAGUUUGAACUUGAAGUAGGAACAAUAUCAAUUUUGGAAGAAUUGAACCGGCUCCUGUUUGCUGUACUCAAUAAUGCAGCAAAGCUACCUGUGAGCAAAGCAGUUUUGAGUCAAAGUGGAAUGGCACAUGCAGCAACAUUGCCCUUUGUCAAGACCGAAUUGACGAUUGAAAGUGAGAUUUUGAGUCUUCCGCCGGCGUCUCUAGUUUGUGCUCUUCAUGGUCACAUGGUCAUCUUCUCUUCAGCUGAGUUGGAACUCUACCAUCACAUCAUUCUAGAUCACCUCACUUCAUUUAUAAGCACCCAAGACCCUGUUCUGCUGACUUUGACUGUGAGGACGAUAGCCCUGUGGACUGACAUAGCAUUCAGUGGGUGGACACACAUGGACUACAGUCUCCACAACCCCACAAUCCACAAACUGGAGAUGGCAGUCUGGGAUUUGUGGGAAACUCACGUGGAGAUGGCGAAGGGCCACGUGAGAGAAAUCUUCAGCUCCAUUUUGAAACUCCAUUUCUCAAAACACUCAAGCUAUGAAAAUGAGAAAAUAAUUGGGAUUCUGGACCGUUGCAUGAACGCUGAUUUCGAGAAGAAGAAAACUUAUCAUACUCUCCAAAUUCUGGUCGAGUUCAUCCCAGCAUCGUCAAUAGUGACUCUUUACCCUGAACUACCUACCAAGAUAUUAACCAUGCUAUUCGAUCAAAGCAAGAGCCAAGUAUGUCAGGUAACGCUCAUCAAAAUGGUCAAAAGCCACUGGAAAGUUUUCAAAUCGGAACCAAACUCGUCGAAAGGGUCUCAAAUUCUGGAACUGUGGAGAAAAACAUGGAUCGACAACUUGUUGGACCUUCAGUCUAAAGAAACCAGCGAAUCAUUUAGAGUGAACGCGGGAUUCAUUCAAUACAUUAAGUUCAUACUCAAAACGGAACCGAAGUCUUUGACUUACAUUUUGAAGAGAAAAGAUUUGAAACUUGUGGUUCGACUGAUGAUUAUCAAGUCGGCAGCAGAUGAAAAUCUGUUCGUUUGUGGAAACAAGUCUGAAGAGGUCAAAAGUGGGCGACCAGAUGGCUUGGGGCAAAGUGAAGACGUGAAAUUGAAUGGGGACUGUUUGGAUGAGUUGAACUCGCGUGAACUUUGGCGAGGAAUGGUUCCUAUGGUGACCAUGUAUGAUGCAGUGUGGUCCUUCUCAAAUCAAGUAUUGCAAGAUGUCAUGUGGCUUCUGACUCAUCCGACCAAAUCAUCCACCGAACCAGUUCUCUCUGAUGACGUCAUAUUCCUCAAGCAGUUCUACAUCCACAAUCUGACCAAUCAGAGUCCGGCAUUCAGACACAAUGUGUACCAGUGGACCAAUUGGCUGCUGCUCAGAAUGAGAGAUAGACUGCUGAUGAAGAAGAGUGAGAGGGAGGAGGAGUUUUGGAAGGAACAGAAAGCUCAUCUGGAGAGAUACAAGGACUUUCUCGUCUGGCUGCUCGAUCUCUGCUGGGACUCUUUCUACCUGGACUCCAGCUACUCACGCAAGAACCUCUGCCUCCAGUUCACAAGGGACAUCAUGGCCAUAUUCAUAGUCGAACAGAACCAUCCAGGGGUGCUUUUCAACCUAGAACAAUUGAGAGCCCAUGUUCUCCAGUGGAUUACAGCAGAUGAUGGUCGGACCAAUCGGUUAAUUGGAAUGUUUCAUGAUUCAGUACAGAUUAAUAAGGAACUUGCGUUGGAGAUCUUCAUGUUGAUUCCAGCUGACAAACUUGCAGUUGUACAGAAUGAAGAGCAAGCUCAGAGGUUGUGGCAGCAGGCUUUUCUCUUUGCUCGCAGUCUCAAAUCUGAGCAGUACCCAGCCGCUGCCAAUCUGUUCCAGCUUCUAUAUUUGAGUCCACAUUUGAAAUCAAUUGUCGGUUCUGAUACUUCCGGAAAGGCGGAUGAAAGUAAUCUGUUCUUAUUGGUCAAAUAUUUGACCAAUCACAUUUCGACUAUGCUGGACAAAAUGGUUGGGAUGAAACUUUUGCAAGCUACGACUUCUCCGAUUCAUGGGUUUCUUCACUGUCUGUAUGCGCUGUUGCGACGAAUGCAGUUUUUUGACAAGGAUGCGCAUGGCGAUGUUGUGGCUAGUGUGAUUCGCAUCUGCAUCUCUGCCUGUGAGAUUGUGUUCCCUGUUGUGAAACAAGUGGCCCCAGAAGGCUACAUGCCACCAGACUCCGAAGUCGUCUUGGCGCUGCAUGAUUUCAAAACCAAGUGCUCUUUGGACGACGCUUCUGAAUCCUUGGCAAUAGGCGAUGAGUCAUCCCAACUAAGCUCCCCUCAGAUUCCGGUGACUGCCCAAAUGGUCGUGUUUUGCAGUUGGCGCAUCGUGAAAGAAGCCUGCUUCAUCCUAGCUGAUCUAGUGACCAAGUACAAACCAAACUCAAACUGUGCAGUCGCUUCGUCUCAAAUUAUCGAAAUCACAGACUAUGUUACAAAACUGGUUGUGGAAUCGAGACAUUUGGGCGCGUUCGAGAAGUCCUUUUUAGCCCUCCAGCAGAUCGUGAAGUUUCUCUGGACCCAAAAUGCGCAACUGGAAGAAGGUGAAAGUGGCAUGAGUUUGAGUAGUUUGCCAGAGGUGUGGAUUGACAAGGUGUUGUGUGAAGUCGGGGAUCCGGAAGGGGCCAAGAAGUUCUGUCUCACCAGAAGGUCGGCAGGGGUUCCCAGAUAUCUGGAGCAUGUAUCGGUUUCAGUCUUGGCGCUGCAUGAUUUCAAAACCAAGUGCUCUUUGGACGACGCUUCUGAAUCCUUGGCAAUAGGCGAUGAGUCAUCCCAACUAAGCUCCCCUCAGAUUCCGGUGACUGCCCAAAUGGUCGUGUUUUGCAGUUGGCGCAUCGUGAAAGAAGCCUGCUUCAUCCUAGCUGAUCUAGUGACCAAGUACAAACCAAACUCAAACUGUGCAGUCGCUUCGUCUCAAAUUAUCGAAAUCACAGACUAUGUUACAAAACUGGUUGUGGAAUCGAGACAUUUGGGCGCGUUCGAGAAGUCCUUUUUAGCCCUCCAGCAGAUCGUGAAGUUUCUCUGGACCCAAAAUGCGCAACUGGAAGAAGGUGAAAGUGGCAUGAGUUUGAGUAGUUUGCCAGAGGUGUGGAUUGACAAGGUGUUGUGUGAAGUCGGGGAUCCGGAAGGGGCCAAGAAGUUCUGUCUCACCAGAAGGUCGGCAGGGGUUCCCAGAUAUCUGGAGGCUCUUCUGACAACUUCGCCCCCACUUGAACUGCCGCGGCGUGUGAACAAAGUAUUCCUCUCUUUGCUCAAAUCUGCAAAGCUACCCGAAGAGAAGGAAACAGAGCGGAGAUGCAAGAUCCACGCCCUCAACGUCCUGCGCUCGUUGUUUCGGUGCAGCCACAUUGGCCAACUGGUCCACACCCACGUGACAGACGGACUGGUGACGUCACUGGACGGGUUCAACUCCAUGCUGUGGCCGGUGCAGAAUGCGAGCAACCUCCUCUUCACAGCUAUUCUGUCCAGAGUGUUCGGAGUGCUGCCGGAUCCCAUGAUCAUCACACGCAAGAACUGCAUGAGUUGUUCCGAGUUCUUCACAAAGUUUCCCGAUCUCUAUGACGUGCUCAUUUGCAAGCUGGAGUCGGUUUUGAAGCCUUACUCGGCCAUGAUCAAGUCCCCACUUAAACCCAAGGACGAUUCAGUAGCUGGAUUCGACCACUGUGUGUUGACAUCGGCUGAUAUGUUUUCGACUUCGGAGUUUGCGGCUACAAAUGCAGUUCUUUAUCCGGUUUUGUUGCUUUUGGAACGACUCUAUGUGACAGAGAAUGAAGAGAAAUAUGCGCCGUUUCUGACACUCACUCUUAAGUUCAUCAGCUGGCCCUUGAUCCGAAUCAGGGCCAUAGUAGCCAGAGUGGUCCCCAACUUCCUCCUCUCUCCACACUCCACCCAGGCCAUGAUGAGGGCCAUGAUUCAACUAUGUCUCUCUUCGUCCAUAGAAACAGAAGGUGCUGUUGUCAGUAUGAAUACUGUACAUGGCACGCUACUAACGGUGAACACUGUGUUAUCCUGUCUGGGAGCAGCAGAGUUGGCCGAUCUGCUCGAUUCUCUGGGGCCUGGUUUAGUCACAGCUGUCAGUCAACUAGCUGCUAACUUGCAGAAAAAACCACAGUGCCCCCUGGUUGGCGAAUGUCUAUCAAAAUUGUCAUCGAAACUCGCCCCUGAAAUAAAAACAAGCGUUGUUUCAAAUUUCGAAACGUUCAACGAAAGGAAUUUCAAGUUGAUGACUGUAUCCCAAAUUUCAUCAAUGCUGGAUACUCUUCGAAGCUCAGCCAAAACCAAAGAUGCUGGAGUCUUGGAGUACAUGGAGUCGAAUAGUUUUCUUACACACUGGCUAGCAGAUGCUGUUCAAUCAACCGACCCUUUUGAAACCGAAAUCACGAUGAAGGCUUGUGAUGUAGCUGUUGCUACCGAUCUUCUAAUAGUUAAAUCGGCUGAAGUAUCAAUCGGUCUGCUGGAAACUUUCAUGCAAUAUCCUGAAGAAUGUAAGCCACAUGUGAUCAAAUUACUGGCUUCGCUGAUCCCAAAAUUGACCUUGAAGUUUGCGAAUCUUUUGCUUUCUUGCUCUUUACCCGAAGAAAGCGAGUUAUUGCGAAGUUCUGUCAUCGAAGUGAUAAAUAUCGAUUUGGAAUUUUUAGACCAGUUAGAUAAUUUUGAAAAUGCGUCAGAAGUGACGAUGAUUCGUAGUACUAUUUGGGCGUGUAUUACUGCACUGAUGUUUGACGAUUGCCCGGAUAUUAGAAAAAUUGCAUGUGAAAAGCUGUCUCUUCAAAUACUUUGGGAAAAGAAUCGGAAUGCUAGUAACGAGUGCGUUUAUUCCUCUGCGAAGCUCCUCGACUUGAUCUCCACCUACUUGCGCAGUCGGUACAAUGAUGAAGACACCGUGGAAGUAUUUGCCCAAUUGGCACUCUCAGAACUGGAAUACUCGGGGCUGAUGGAAACAUUCGCGAAUGAAGAAUUAGCAGUUGACGACCAAGAGGUGCUCUUCGAGAGAACGGAGCUGAACACCUACAAAGAGAGCUUUCGACUCAUUGAUGUCUGUGCUUCUGUGAUAAGAGAAUUGAACCACGAAAAAGUCUUUGAUCAGCAAGGUCAAGCUAUGGAAAAACUUCGGAGGAAUUUAGAAUGUCUGAAAAUGGACUCUACAACAUCAUUCUAUCUGUUGAAUGGACAUUUUUUGAGCAGUUUGCAAAAUCUCAAAAGGGCUCUGAAGUUAAAUAGUUAGUGCCAAAUUGUUGGCAAAUAUUUUUUCGGUCAAGGAAUUUGACCUUAAUCUGCUCGACCUCGGAUUUCGACGUCCGAUUUCAGUAUAUCUAUCCUUGAUUUCUACACGUAAAAACCGUAUCCAUAACUAAUUAACCUAGAACUGAUCUUAUUUUUGAGUUUUAAAUUUGCUCAAGGUCAACGAUAUUGCCAGCAAUUUGGCAUGAACUAAAACAUGUGGUUUGCUGUAUUUGUUUUUAUCCUUUUUGAAAGUUAUUAGUGUAACUUGAGGU